CUCAGAGCUGAUCUACAGAGCACUGAGAGUUCAUCAGGAGCCGCUUUAUCAGGAUGAGGCUUUUGUCCACGAUGAAUGUUGCUGUGGUCAUUGUGCUGAUGAUGAGUUUACAGAACAUCACAUUUUCUUCUGCUCAGGAGUGUCCGCCCACUCAUGAUCUCCUGAACUCGCUGCGGCAGGUGGAGAAGAUGUUGGCGGUACACGAGGCAUCUUACCAGCAAGGUCUGCGCUCCCUAAGAAAGAAGAUUAGUGCUCUGCACAAUAGCACCAUGGCAAUCUUUAAAAGCGGCAAAAACGCCUCCUGCCCCAAACCAGAGCCCCCUGCUCAUGGCCGCAGACUGGGGAGAGUGUUUGGUGUCGGACACGAGGUCCACUUCCUGUGCAAACCCGGCUAUGAGCUGAUAGGCCCUCGCACCCGAGUGUGUCUGGAGUCUCUGAAGUGGAGUGGCCAGCAGCCCAUGUGCAGACGUGACAUUUUUCACUUAUCUUUUUUUAUAUCUCCAGGCCUAAACAUCACCACCAACUCCUUCUCUCCUGUUGCUCCUUCCUCUUCCUCCUCUUUCCAUGCCUCUGCAGCUCUGUCCGCAUCCUCUUCCUCCUCUUCAGCAUCUUCAUAUUCUCCCUACUUGUCUUCAUCACCCACGUCAUCCUCUCCCUCCUCCUCCUCUGUCCGACCCUCUCACUGCACACACUUCCUGGGCUCCACCCGCUGCACCUGUGAUGUGGGUUUCACCAUAUCAGGACGUGACAACAACAUCUGCACAGAUAUUGACGAGUGUCAUCUGUUCCCUCUGGGUCAACCCGGUCGGCUCUGCAUCCAUCAGUGUGUAAACACACCUGGAAGCUUCCACUGCUUCUGUCCAGAUGGCUACGAUCUGGCCCAAGGUGGCCGUAGCUGCACAGACAUUGACGAGUGUGAAAACCAGAUGCACAACUGCACAGUGGACCAGGUGUGUGUGAACACUUUUGGAGGUUUUCAGUGUGUGGCAGUGGAGUGUCCUGAGAUGAAAAAUGCUACAUACAUCAAGACGUCACCAAUGCGCUGUGAAAGGAACCCAUGCAUGAUGGGAGACACAGCCUGCAUUCAAGCACCAAACUCCAUCUCCUUCCACUUCCUCUCUGUGGUGUCCAACAUGUCCGCACCUCGUGUCCUCUUCCGGGUGUCUGCAGCUCGUGUGCUGGGUGACACACUGCGAUUCGGCCUGGCGGGUGGUCGUGGACGGGGCCAUUUCAGCAUGCAGCGUUCAGGCCGGCAGACAGGCACCUUACUCCUGGUGACGCCCAUCAAGGGUCCAGCCAAUCUGGAGGCUGAAGUGGAGAUGAGCGAGCUGGAGCACAACACCCUGCUGGGCCGCUACCUCACCAAGGUCACCCUGUUCGUCUCUCCGUAUGAGUUUUAAUGGGGAAGGUUAAGCUGUUACAUUCAGUUCUAACUUGCCUUACUUACACAAUAUGUAAAUUUGUAAAGUUAACACCUCAGUUAACAGUUCAGCAGCUUAUUAUUUAAAACUGAUUGGUCAUUUAUCUUAGUGUUUAUGGAUUUUAAGGUCUUUUAAGACACUUUUAACACAUUUUUGAAUUAACGGUGCUCUCAGUGCUUUUAGAAAUGUGUUUGUUCAUGUACUGAGCAACUGUACAGCUCAUGGAAGCAGCAGUGCUGAGUAUAAUUUUCACAAACUGGAAAGGUCCUCAUUGUUACUUAGUUUUUGUGUAUGACACUUUGUUUUAUGUUUAUUUUUUUUGUUGUGUUCUGUGUUUUUCUCAAAUAGAUAGAUAGAUGAUAGAAAACCAAGCCAUGCUUCAGUAUAAAAAUCACAGGAUUCAAAUUCAGUUGGGCUUCGAAGUGUAAAAGAUACUGUUGAUUGUGGACCCUGAAUAUAUAUUUCAAUUUUUGCCCUCAGCAGUGACUUCAGAUGUUGAAUUUUUCAAAAACCUGUAUACACCAUCACACUGUAACUGUAGCAGGAAGGAUGGUGGCUUCCAAAAUUUGAUUUUUGUGCAAAAAAGCAAAAGUAUGUGAAAAAUAAAACAUGGUCAGAAAAGGACUGUCUGGAAAUUGAUAUUAUAACACUGUAUCUUUAAAAUCAAUUCUAAAUAAUGAAUUGAUCUUGGAUCAUAUGGAUGGAGAGGUUUGUGGGCAGGAUGAAGAAUCUUAUUGCAAGUUUCUAGGUUUAACAAAGGAAGCGUAGGAGGGGUGUCAAACCACUGAGUGCUUUUGGCCUCUUUGUAGGUGACAAUCUGUUGAACUUCUUCUGUUCUAUGAAUUCUGUAUAUAAUAUAGCUCAGUUCAAGUACACCAAAGAUAUUUAGUGUUUCUGCUGUUUCCUUAUAGUAGCGGUGUGACAGCAGGUCAAUCAGCAAACUAGAGUAGAAAGUCAAAGCAAAGAAACAAGAUGUGUUUACGUUAUUAUUACUACGGCUUAAAUGUACUUAAGUCCACUGCAUCCUCAAACGAAAAAGAAAUUAGGAAACUUAAAUUUCAUAAUGACUACAUUAUGACAAUCUCAUCAAACAAUCCUUCUCUCAUAAUCAUGAUAAAAUUAUCUCAUAGUUAGAAUACAAUGUCCAACUGAUUAAAUGGGCAAUAAUUAGAACACUUUAAGAACUUGCCUGAGAGUCAUCAGGUUUUUAAGAUGUCUUCACUAUCAGAGUAAUUUUGUUUUGGUCGCAGUCCAUCCAGUGUUGCACAGCAAAAAAGAAACUGUUAAAAGUUAAUUCAACAUGCUCCAGUUAUCACAAUGUUAACAAAUAAAGGCCACAGUGGAACUUACUAUCAUGUUAGUCUCCUGUCCAAUUACAAAAAACUCUGUUUUGUGAAUGCAAUGCAUAUCUGUACAUUUACAAUCCACAUUACCUUAUGUGUGAUCAUGGUUUUAACAAAUACUUUUGGCACUUUUUAAAGGCUACACUUCCAGUCUUUGAUGCUCAAGAGAUACAUUCUGAGUUCAUUUAAAAGUAUAAAAUAGUGAAGGGGUUUUCCUAGUUUGUGCCUCUUAUGUAUUAUCGUCACUUCCAAGUCAAAGAGCUAAGCAUCUACUAAUACAUUUUUAAAAACUGGCAACUUUAGACAUCUAUUAUGCUUGGAAAAUUGAAGAAUAAAUCCAAUUUGAGGAACAAGUUAGUUAUAUUUUAUUCUUCAACAGAUACACUACCGUUCAAAACUUUGGGGUCACUUAAAAACAUCCUUAUUCUUAAAAGAACAACAGUUUUUUAAUGAAGAUAACAUUAAAUUAAUCAGAAAUACAAUCAAGACAUUGUUCAUGUGGUAAAUGAUUUUUGUAGCUGGAAACGGCUGGAUUUUGAUGGAGUAUCUACAUAGGGGUACAGAGGCCCAUUUCCAGCAACCAUCACUCCUGUGUUGUAAUGGUACAAUGUGUUAGCUAAUGGAGUUGAAAGGCUAAUUGAUAAUUAUACAACCCUUGUGCAAUUAUGUUAGCACAUUAAUAAAAGUGUGAGUUUUCAUGGAAAACAUGAAACUGUCUGGGUGACCCCAAACUUUUGAAUGGUAGUGUAUGUUUUUUGUCAUCCGAACAAUCAGAAAAAUCUUUUCUUUCUGAGAACGCUUUCCAAAUCAUGUUAAGUAUUGAAGUACAUAUCUUUUUUUUUUUUUUUUUUUUUUUUUUACAAAAAAAAGGAUUCCUCAGGUCUGUGGCUUGAUGUUUUGAUGUUGAUGACUUACGAGAGGCACACACUGAGGCUAUGAAUGAGUCAAUAUAUUUGCCAUUUCUGUAUUAAAGCUGGAAGAUUUUUGCUGAAAUUAUGUUAGUGUACUUUAUUAAUGUACUUAAGUUUGUAUUCUGAUUAUACUACUAAAAGUGUUCUGUUCAGCACAAAAUAAACAUGUUUCUCCCAA